UUGCAUGUUUGUGCUUCUGCACGGUCACAUGGAUGUGGUCCCAAUGUAUCAAGAUCUUGAGUGGCAGGCAUUCACUGACUUCCUCGCGGCAGGGGAACACGCUGUCUCCUGCGCUAACGUAUGUCGCUAUUCCGCCGGUACUUGGCUAAGUCGAUGCAAUGUCCGCCACGGCUGAUCGUCUAGUCAGGUUGCACGCCACAUUCUUCGAAUUAACCCUCGACUAAACUUCAUGUAUCGAUAUUUUGGGAUAUACUUCUUGCAGCCUUCCUUCAUCUUCCUUAUCCUGGCGCAGAAACUGGGCCAAAAAUCGGACAAUUUAAUCCUGCGCAACUGUGCAAUCAACCUCCAGGUUUUGGAUAAGUUUGUGCUUGCGACCAACAUGGAUUUUCAACGAACGUUAAAUCCCAGCAUGGAAAUCCACUACCAAGACAUGAUCGAACUCGCGAUACCAAUAUAUCGGCACUUCAGGAGCUACAGACUCAUCUCGACCCCGAAAUGCUACGUUAUCGCUGGACUCCGGGCUUCAUGGGAUUGUGGACACACACAAAGCCAUAGACAUUGAAGAGACACAAUUCGCGCUAUUUUGCCUGCCUCUCUGAAGACAUGUGAUGGGAGAGGCGAAAUUGUCUCUCAUCUCUUGGGAAUUGUUUUG